AUGUCAGGAUUCAUAAAGAGAUUGUCAAGUUACUUUUAUCCAGGCGCAGAAUCCAGGUCUACAUCAAUCGCCGAGUUCUCUGGAUACUUCUAUCAUUUCUCUCGUGGACAAUGGGCAUGUUUGUUCAUAGAUUGUGAACUAUCAAUUGUUAAGAAGCCACAAACAAACUAUAGUUAUUACAUUCGUAUAACAAAGGUUGUCGAUGAGGAUGCUGUUGAACAGGAGGAUAGGAAUGAGGAUGAGGAUGGGGAUGAGUCAGAGGACCAACAAUCAAAUAGUUUUGAAUUCCCAAUGACGGCAGGUGGCAUCGACCUCAAUCGCGAGGACGGACCAAACGGCGGCAUUGCAUUCAGCUGGCGUGGAACCCAGACACGAUUCCUAUUCGAGCUCGAGAGCAACGAGAACAGCGAGGAGGAUGCAGACCGUCUGGAGCUACUGCUGUGCCAAUGUCUGUUUGAAGCCAAGCACCAGCAACAUCAUACCACCGCCCCCAUAUACGACAUCCAGACCAUGUGUCGCCACACCAAGACUGAGACAGUCUCGAUCCAGACCAAUGUGCAGACGAUUCAGCCUCGCAAUUCUGUGGCCCCGGUCAACGCACCACCUCCAGCAGAGGAGGCGGCGCCAGCUCCCUCGCUCUACCCAACGCAGGUCCUCCAGCCUGAGCCGCCCGCGCCCAAGAUGAUGGUCGGAAAACUUCCCGCGCCAAAGGGCGCCAGUAGACUGCGCAGCCACUGCUCGCUCUACCUGGAGCACAACAACACGUUCAAUCUGCAGGAUGCCAACAUGUUUGUCCUUCUCAACACCACGGGCGACUCGCCAAUCGAGCACACACUCUACGUUGUGAUGCCCGACGAGAGCACGGUCAUUGCCCAAAAGAUCGGACCCGAUAUGAACCCGCACUUCUACGGCGAGCAGAUCUCAUUCAUCUGGUAUUCCAACGUUGCCAGCGAGGUGCUCACCAGAUGGAGUGUGCGUUUCGAUUCACCCGAGGAGUACGAGGAGUUCCGCGAGAUGUUCACCAAGCUGCACUACGAGGCCAUGCACCAGAUCAAGUUCAAGGGCAAGAAGGACGAGGUGUCCUACCUGUCCAAUGCAAUGACCGACGACUAUGAGGACCCCAACAUUAUGUUUGACACUGACGAUGGAUUCACCAACAAGGAUCUUGAAGACUUUGCCGAUGUGACCAUCUCAUCAAAGUUCACCGACGAUGAAGAGGCUCAAUUGAGGAAGUUGCAGGGAUCGAUCCUUGAGGACGAGGAGGAGGAGGAUGAAGAGGAAGAGGAAGAGGAGUCAGUGGAUGUCGAAGAAUCCAUCUCAGAGGAAGUCAGCGAGGAAGAGGUCGAACAGCCUGGAAGAUUUGUCAAAGCACCAACAACAACAACAUCGACAAGAGCUACCAAGCAGGAUGAUGACGAGGUUAUAAGACAAAGGAGAGUGAAUGACUCGAGGAAACCAAUUGUCUUGGAUGAGGAGGACGAAGAUGAGGAGGAAGAGGAGGAUGACAGCGAUGAUGAGGUCGAGCAGAGAUAUAUCUCAACAAAGACACCGGUCAAGCCACAACAACAGCCAAGACAACCAGUACAGCAGGUUGAGAGCGAGGAUGAAGAUGAGACGGAUGAGGAUGAAGAGGACGAGGAGGAAGAGGUGGACGAGGUACAGAGUGUCAAGUACGAUGACAAGGGACCAAGAAACAGUGAGCUGCUCGUUGGCUACAAAGACAGAUCAUUCGUCGUCCGUGGCUCCAACAUUGGCGUCUUCAACACUGGCGAGAACGAUGUCCAAUUCAACUCAAUCAUCAAGGGCAUCAAGGACAAGAAUGGUGCCACAUUCUCUCCAAAGAAGCUGAUGCUCCAAAACCAGGACACAUCAUUGCUCAUGCUCAACCCGGGAGACAAGAAGAAGGUGUUCAAGAUGGAUUUGCAUCGCCCGGAUGUGGUCCAGGAAUGGGACUUGAACUGGAACAAUCAACAGUCGUUGGCAGAGUCUAUCCUUCCCCAGCACAAGUUUGAUGAGACUCAGAAUGUGGACUCAUUCAUUGGUAUGAAUGGCAACAACCUGUUCCUUGUGGACCCCCGCCAGAACAAGAACAAGGUCACCCAGAAGUUCUCGGGUGGCUCCAAGCCGCGCUCACUCAACACCUGUGGUGCCGUGUCUGGUCACGGCCACAUUGCGCUGGCCACCAACAAGGGUGAGAUCAAGCUGUUUGGCAAGAACCAGUUCGAUACCAACAAGGUAUCGGCCACCGCCAACGACCCACAGGGCAAGCUGCUACGAUCCAAAACCACGCUGCCAGGCAUUGGUGACCCUAUCCUGGGCGUCGACACCACCGUGGACGGCAAGUGGGUCGUGGCGACCUGCCAGCAGUACCUGCUGAUAGUGCCCGUCGAGACCAAGGACGGCGUGAACGGCUUUGACCAGCGCCUGGGCGACAGGAAGCCCAUCCCCAAGCGUCUGCACCUCAAGCCAGCCGAUCUGAGGAGGAUCGGUGGCCGCGUGUCAUUCACGCCCGCCAAAUUCAACAUUGCGCCGGGUGAACAGGCCGAGACGUCGAUUGUUACGUCGUCGGGCCGCUUCCUAAUCACCUGGAACUUUAGAAAGAUCAAACAGAACGUCUUGGACAUCUACCAGAUUCAAGAGUUCAACACUGAGAUCGUUGCCGAUCAGUUUAAGUUCAACAGAGACAACUCAAUCAUCGUAACACUGCCAAACGAUGUUUGUAUGAGCAAGAAGGUCUACAAGCCACAAUAA